AUGGCCCCCCAAAACAUCCUCAUCACCGGCUCCAGCGCCGGCUUCGGCGCCGCCCUCGUCCACCAAUUCCUCUCCGCCGGCCAUAACGUGAUCGCCACCUCCCGCAACCCAGCCCGCACGCCAGACCUCGUCUCCUCCAUCACCUCCCACCCCUCGGGCCGCGGCCGCUGGCUGACCCUCGACGUCACCUCGCCGCAGGAGACCAUCUCCGCCACGAUCCGCGAAGCCGAGUCCCACUUUGGGCCGUUGGACGUUGUGAUCAACAACGCGGGCUACAGCGUGUUGGGCGCGGUGGAAGCCAUGGACGAGGAGAAAGCCCGCGUCCAAUUCGACACGAAUUUCUGGGGGCCUCUCAGGGUCAUCAAGGCGGUGGUGCCGGGGAUGCGGGAGAGGAGGAGGGGCACCGUGGUUAACGUGAGCAGUAUUGCCGGCCUGCAGGGCAUUCCGAGUACGGGGAUCUAUGCGGCGAGUAAGCACGCUUUGGAGGCCCUAUCCGAGUCCCUCUCCCUCGAGCUCGCGCCCUUCAACGUCCGCGUCCUCCUAAUCCAACCCGGCGGUUUCCGCACCAACUUCCUCAACCCCACCACCUCCCUCCAAACCCUUCCUUUUCCUCCAGCCUACACCUCCACCCCGCUCCACACCGCGCUCGACCGCUUCGCCGCCUACGAAGGCCACCAGCUCGGCGACCCGGAGGAAGGCGCAAAGAGGAUCUAUGAGGCCGUCAUGCAGGAGGGGAUGUGGAAGGAAGUCGGAGCUGACGGAAAGGGGUGGUUGAGGUUGAUGAUUGGGAGUGAUGCGUGGGAGAGGGGGACCAAGGCGUUGGAGGGGAAGUUGGAGAAUAUUAGGGGGUUGAGGCGCGUGGCGGCGAGUACGGAUAUUAAGAAGUAG